CAGAUUUGUUAGGCUUAGCAUCAAUGCAGCAUCUAAUAGCGAAGAAAGUAUCGAGAAAUGGAGGCUGCAGAAAGACUCUGUUGCUUGCUUGGCUACUUAGUUGCUGAAAGGGCUGUGCUGCAAAGUUUAAAAAAGUGUCCUGGAAACUGCUUGCAGGCUCUGAAAGCUAUUCCACGGAGUUUGAGAAUGAUGUAUGUACAUAGUUACCAAAGCUAUUUGUGGAACCAUGCAGCAAGUACAAGGGUGCAAAAAUAUGGUAAUGUGAUCUUCAAUAGUUUUCUAGAUCUGCUUGCUUUGUGUGGCAAUUAACUUCUAAUGAACUUACAUCUCCUUACAUCCUUACUUCAUUCAAUACACUCUCCUUACCUUGAAUUAUUAUUAUGGUAGUUGAAGCCAAAAUAUUCAUUUAUUCAGUUGAAUUUGA